CGUCGCUGGUGAUGCUCGUCAUUGACGGGCUGUCGUGCAACCUCAACGCAGCCGACUUUUACCGCAUUGCGCCCAACGAUUUGUCCGACUGGCAGAGCGUGAUCAAGAAAGUCCAGAUGCAACGCAAUCUGGAUUCCUUCGAACCGCUUGGCCGCUACCUGCUUACCUUUAGCACGGCCCAAGCCGCGGCCUCGUACCGCGAUAGGCUCGUCCGGCUGCAUAAACUCAACGGCUUCAAGCUGCGGUCUGCAAGUGGCCUCUGGGAGAGCAGCGUCCCUGCGGCUCUCAAAGUGUCUCUCACUUCCCCUCUAGCAGCAGCAGCAGCAACAACCACAACGAUGGGAACAACAAAAGUAGCAGCAGUUACUGAAACUAUCGGUGAUGCGGUUGCUCCUUCUGACUCGCCACCCAGCACAGAGAGCGUAGUUGAUUUGGCCAACUCCUUCACCCUCGCACCCGGUUCUCAGGACACGCUUUCGGUCCAGCGCAGAAAAGUGACGCUUGCACGACCAUGGGCGAAGCGUCUGGCCAGCAUGGUCGAGAACCUCGGAUUCGGCGAACUGCCGCACGUAUUGAUGCUGGAGGUCUACCCGCCUACUCUGAGUGCCGGGGAGCUGAAUCAGUUCAUUCGGCGAGAUGGCGAAAGCAGAGGCCUGAGGUGGCCGGUGUCUGCUCCCCAGCAUCUCAGGAUGAAUAGCAGUCUGCAGCAAGCCCCAACAAGAACAAGGGGCUCGAGGACAAGGGAUGUUGAUCAAGGCGAGGCCAAGGAUGAGGAUGGUCAAGCAGCGCCGAACCAGCAGCAGCAGGGCCCAUCGUUCAAGUUCAACGAUCGCGAGACGGAAGAGAAGCUCAAAGGCCGGUUCGUGCUUGCAUGCACCGACGAGGCAGAGGCACGGCGCUUUCAGCAGAGCUGGAACAACAGAGUGCUGACGACGCUGCGGCCGCAACCAGCUAGAUAUGUAGUGUAUGCAUCAAUAAUAAACUGGUAGCUUAGCUACCUGCCUUGGUAUCUCCAACUGAGCUCCCAUCACAUCAUCCUAAUGGACUUUAUUAAUGGAUUUUAUUAUUGCAUUACACGCUUUAUUCGUUCAUACUUCUUCUUGAGCAUAGCUCAACGUUUACAAAACCACAUACAGUUGUUUUCUCUCGUUAUAACUCUGUUCUGUCCUUCUUCCACUUCCUCGCCUUCUUCCUCCUUCUUCCAACUCCCCCCCUCUCUAUUGUGACACUUGCCGCUCUC